AUGCAAUGUACAGAAUGCACCAAACCUUAUCAUCUUGAAUGUCUGUCAAUACCAAGCAAUGAAGAUGAUCCUACCACGUCUACGUGGCUGUGCCCUCAAUGUCAUGGAACGCAUAAAUUGGGUAAUAAUGAUAACACCCCGGUUCGCUACAACUCAAAUAUAACUGUGAGGCCGAGAAAGAGGCAAGCUUUGAACUCCCCACCAAAUGCUUCAGAUGAAGGCCCAAUAACAAGAGACGAGAUGCAACAAAUUAUCAAGGACCUAGUGACUCAAUUCCAAAAGACACUGCGCAUUACCAUAUCGGAAAUUCUAGGUACUGAACUAAAAUUAGGUGUUCGAAACGUCGGGUAUUAA